GUAACUAAGUUCAUCACGCAGAGGCCCCGCCCGAAUCUGCUUUUUCCCGAACCUUUUAAUGGCCCUGGCGUCCCGAAAAAGCUAUACAAUCAAUCGAACUUUCGCGGCGGGCCGUGCGGCAGGCCCUUUCCCGGCGCGCGCAUUCGGCUGCUGUGGGCGAAUUAUCGAAUCAAUUUCAUGAUUUUUGGCGGGCAUCCCGAAUACUUAAUUUCAUGAAUAUUUCCAUAAAUACUUUAGACCCGCCGCCCCUUCCCCAAAAAUAUGAAUCCGGGAACCUUAGCUUUGAUUGUAACACUACUACAGUACUUCAGCAAGAGCUAAGGCAGAAACUGUGUUUUAGGGAAGACUUCCUUUCUCGAAGUGAAUAGACAUACAGAGACAACAGGGGUACACUCGUACAUGCACGCUUCCAUACACACGCACGUUGCUUGGUCCUUCCCCCAUGCUUUCCCAACAGCGUUGUACUGCACUUGCACUGAUGAUGCCAACCAUCGUUUGGUGGGCGAUGUAUGUGUACUUGCGCGUGUCUGCUGCAGACAACCCGCCGCCAUCACCAGGGCCGCCGCCCAGCCUGGGCCCGGCGGCGCCUCCCAGCCCGGCGCCGCCCAGCAGCCCCGAUCCCAAGCCGCCCAGCCCUGCGCCGCCCACCUCGCCGGCACCCCUGGCCUUCGGCAGCGCGCGCAGUGUGAAUUUCAACACGGCGCCGCUCGGCAAACUUGUAUCGGCUUCACUGGAGUCCUUGGGCGUUGAUCUGUUUAUGCCAGCAGCAGACGACGCAGCAAUGUUUGAUGGAUGGGUGAUCGACUGUGAAGCAGGCUGGCAAGGCUCUAACAGAAUCAACUACACCGCGACCGGCUGCAAAAGAGCCCUGUAUUACUCAAUAACAGAAGGCAUUUCAACUUCUUUCCGGCCGCUGUUCCCACGUGACCCGUUCUGGAGGCUCACUCUGACGUACCGCAAAAACAAUCCGAUCGGGGGAGUGGGCUUUCGUAGCAGCAGCAGCAGUAUCAAUUCAGAUUGCGAAGUGUUUCUGGACCGCACGGAUCCAUUAGUGUCAAUUGAGCGCCCGCCGGCCACGUACAACUUCACCAGCACCCCCAAAACAGUAACGCUGACGCCGGUUGAUUGCCAAUGGCCAGCCGGAUCUGCAUUCGAAUACUUCUACUUUUUCACAGCCCGGUCUGGUGCUGCAUAUGGCUCUGAUACAUUCGAGUACCUGAUCGACUCAUUCACCAUUGAAACGGGCACGGCCCCAUCGCCCCCGCCGCCACUCCCAUCGCCGCCGCCCAGAACCGUCCCGUGGCCACCCAGCCCCGAGCCGCCCAGCCCCGCCCCGCCCAGCCCAGUGUUCCCCAGCACGCGUAGCAUCCGGGUUGACACGUUGCCACUCGGAGAGCUAGCCAGCACUUCACUGGAGGCGCUAGGCAUUCGACUCUUCACAUUAUCACCUUUCCCGGAACCACCUAUUUGGGGAGAGGUGGUGGAUUGCGCCGCUGGCUGGGACCAGCAGGGAACCGCCAUGACCGCAGCGGGAUGCACCAAGACCCUGCGCUUCCCAGGUUCAUACAGUACGGGCAAGUUCGCACCAUUGUAUGUGCCAGGCACGUUCCACAGCCUCUCGCUCACGUACCGCACAACCAUUCCGGAUGUGGUGCUGUACUUGUAUGACUGUGAGGUGUGGCUGAAGCGCACAGAGCCCUUUGUUACCACCCAACAGCGGCCGGCCACGUUCACCUACACAACCUCAACGACUGUGACGCUGACGCCGGCAGAUUGUGGCCGGCCGGCCGGGUCCACAUUUCCUUUCUUUGACUUCUAUGUGAAUAUGGACAGCGACGGCUCGGGAGUGCGUGAGCUGCUGAUCGAUUCGUUCACCAUGGAAACGGGCAUGGCUCCAUCACCCUCGCCCCCCAGCCCGGCACCUCCCAGCCCGGCGCCGCCCAGCAGCCCCGAUCCCAAGCCGCCCAGCCCUGCGCCGCCCACCCCGCCGGCACCCCUGGCCUUUGGCAGCACGCGCAGUGUGGAUUUUAAUAUGAUGCAGCUCGGCUUACUGGAAUCGGCUUCUCUGGAAUCCCUGGGCGUUGAAUUGUUUAUGACAGCAGCAGGCGCAGCAGACGCAGCAGUGUAUAGUGGAUGGGUGAUCGAUUGUACAGCAGGCUGGCAAGGCAGUUGGAACAAUAUCCCCCAUUCCGCGACCGGCUGCAACAGAGCCCUGUACUACUCAAUACCAGAGGGUAUUUCUAACUAUUUCCGGCCGCUGUUCCCACGUGACCCGUUCUGGAGGCUCACUCUAACGUACCGCAAAAACCAUCUCAAAGGGGGAGUGGGGUUUCGUAGCAGCAGCAGCAGUAUACGAUCGGAUUGCGAAGUGUAUCUGGACCGCACGGAUCCAUUCAUACUCAAGAAGCGCCCACCAGCCACGUACAACUUCACCAGCACCCCCAAAACAGUAACGCUGACGCCAGUUGAUUGCCAAUGGCCAGCCGGAACUGCAUUUGAAUAUUUCUACUUCAUUACAGACCAGUCUGGUGCUGCGUAUGGUUCUGACACGUUUGAUUACCUGAUCGACUCAUUCACCAUUGAAACGGGCACGGCCCCAUCGCCCCCGCCGCCACUCCCAUCGCCGCCGCCCAGAACCGUCCCGUGGCCACCCAGCCCCGAGCCGCCCAGCCCCGCCCCGCCCAGCCCAGUGUUCCCCAGCACGCGUAGCAUCCGGGUUGACACGUUGCCACUCGGAGAGCUAGCCAGCACUUCACUGGAGGCGCUAGGCAUUCGACUCUUCACAUUUUUAUCUUUCGAACCACCUGUUUGGGGAGAGGUGGUGGAUUGCGCCGCUGGCUGGGACCAGCAGGGAACCGCCAUGACCGCAGCGGGAUGCACCAAGACCCUGCGCUUCCCAGGUUCAUACAUGACGGGCAAGUUCGCACCAUUGUAUGUGCCAGGCACAUUCCACAGCCUGUCGCUCACGUACCGCACAACCAUUCCGGAUGUGGUGCUGUUCUUGUAUAACUGUGAGGUGCAGUUGAACCGCACAGAGCCCUUUGUUACCACCCAACAGCGGCCGGCCACGUUCACCUACACAACCUCAACGACUCUGACGCUGACGCCGGCAGAUUGUGGCUGGCCGGCCGGGGACGCAUUUACUGAGUUUUACUUCUAUGUGAAUUACGAAGGCUAUUACGGCAAUGGAGUGCGUGAGCUGCUCAUCGAUUCGUUCACCAUGGAAACGGGCAUGGCUCCAUCACCCUCGCCCCCCAGCCCGGCACCUCCCAGCCCGGCGCCGCCCAGCAGCCCCGAUCCCAAGCCGCCCAGCCCUGCGCCGCCCACCCCGCCGGCACCCCUGGCCUUUGGCAGCACGCGCAGUGUGGAUUUUAAUAUGAUGCAGCUCGACCAGUCUGGUGCUGCGUAUGGUUCUGACACGUUUGAUUACCUGAUCGACUCAUUCACCAUUGAAACGGGCACGGCCCCAUCGCCCCCGCCGCCACUCCCAUCGCCGCCGCCCAGAACCGUCCCGUGGCCACCCAGCCCCGAGCCGCCCAGCCCCGCCCCGCCCAGCCCAGUGUUCCCCAGCACGCGUAGCAUCCGGGUUGACACGUUGCCACUCGGAGAGCUAGCCAGCACUUCACUGGAGGCGCUAGGCAUUCGACUCUUCACAUUUUUAUCUUUCGAACCACCUGUUUGGGGAGAGGUGGUGGAUUGCGCCGCUGGCUGGGACCAGCAGGGAACCGCCAUGACCGCAGCGGGAUGCACCAAGACCCUGCGCUUCCCAGGUUCAUACAUGACGGGCAAGUUCGCACCAUUGUAUGUGCCAGGCACAUUCCACAGCCUGUCGCUCACGUACCGCACAACCAUUCCGGAUGUGGUGCUGUUCUUGUAUAACUGUGAGGUCCAGUUGAACCGCACAGAGCCCUUUGUUACCACCCAACAGCGGCCGGCCACGUUCACCUACACAACCUCAACGACUCUGACGCUGACGCCGGCAGAUUGUGGCUGGCCGGCCGGGGACGCAUUUACUGAGUUUUACUUCUAUGUGAAUUACGAAGGCUAUUACGGCAAUGGAGUGCGUGAGCUGCUCAUCGAUUCGUUCACCAUGGAAACGGGCACGGCUCCAUCACCCUCGCCGCCCAGCCCCCGGCCACCCACACCACAACCGCCCACAUCUACCACAUCGCCGCCGCCUCCGCCCCCACCGCCUCCGGCCGCGCCUCCGCCGUCGCCCACCUCGCCUUCCCCGCUGCCAUCUGGUCUGCUGGCCCCGACGUCACUCCCACCUCCUCUGACGCCGCCAUCACCCCCACCCUCACCGCCACUGCUGGCGCCCCCAUCCCCUUCGCCGCCAGCACCCCCCACACCGAGCCCCAACACUCAACCGCCACCCUCGCCCUCUCCAGCCCUCCUUCCCUCGCCUACUGCGGCUACUGCCCCGCCGUCCCCACUAACUCCCCGCCCCCAGCAACAGCAGCUACCCCCGUCCCCAGCAGCACCAACGGCCGCCGUGGUGGCCACAUUCCGCUCCUUCUUUCUGGGCUGCUUCGCCUUGGACGUCGCCGCCACCUCUGUUGCCGCCGCCUCGCGCGCGCUGCCUAUCGCCCUCGUCGCCAACGACGCCGCCAUGACGGUGGCCAAGUGCGCAGGGCUCGCCCAGGCUGCCGGCCUGGACCACUACGGCAUCACGCACGGUCACACCUGCGUCGGCGGCGUCAGUCGGCAGCAGGCGACGCAGUACGGCCCACUGCCGGCGUCCGCCUGCAACCAGCCCUGCUCCGGCGACGCCGCGCAGACCUGCGGCGGCGGCCCCACCACAACCACCACCAGCACCAUGAGCCUCUACUCGUUCAGCCCUGCCAACCCGCCGCCGCGGCCGCCGCCGCGCGCGCAACGCAAGCCCUCCAGCGCCGCCGCCAGGCCGCCCGCGCCGCCCGCGCCUGCGCCACCGCUGCCCGCGCCGCCCGCGCCCUCCCGGCAGGUGGAGACCCAGACGCUCUCGCGCACGGCCGCGGUCGACUUGCCCGCCCUGCAGGAGGACGUCGCCAUCAACAGCAGCCGCCGCGUCAUCGCCGUGCCGCCUAGCAGCGCGCGCGGCCUGAUCCUGCUGCAUCCCGCCGCCGUGCCCGUAUUCACUGCCGCGACGGUUGGGGGCGGCGGCGCCCUCCCUCUGCCAAACUCCACCGCGCCCGUGAUUGCCUCGGCUCGUGUGGGGCGGCUGGACGGCCGGCUGGUUGCGUUCGGCACCGAGGCCAUGCUCACGAGUUGCUGCGGGCAGGCUGCUGUGGGCUUUGACGCGUCCGAGCUCGGCAAGGUCAUUGUCAACGCCGCCCAGUGGGCUGCGGCGGCGGCCGGCGCUGCGACCGACCGCAAAGCCACCAUCCGAGUUUCCGACUCUCGCUUGGAGCCCCUGGCCAGGUUCAUUGUGAGCAUGGCGCCUGCGACGUUUGCAAAGGCCACCCGCAAGGGCCAUCUGCUGGAGCUGUCCGCGUUCGCAAGGGGCGGGCAUGAGAGGUGUGACGUGUACGUGGUGCUAGGCGCCGACCCACAGCAGCGCUACAACGCAAAGAUCAAAGGCGCGCUGCGGGACUUUGUGGAGAAGGGAAAAGGCGUUCUGCUGGCCGGCCCCCCAGUGGUGGCGGGUGUGGAUGCGGCGGCGGUAAUGCUGGCUGCAGCGGCCCCUGUGCCGUCGGACGAGUGGACCCGGCCCUACCUCAUGUUCGCAAAGCAGAACGGCAUCACGGCUGGCGGCGCCGCCUCUGCCGUGACACUGGACCGCGUGGCUUCUGAGCAAUUCCGUGCGGCGCUGUCGCGGCUGCUCAGGAUCAAGGACCAGCAGCAGGCCUCCAACGCCAGCGCUGAGUUCGCCAGCCUGAAGGCGCGCGUGAUGGGCGUUCGGGCUGACCUGGACGCUUCCGAUAUCGCUGAGUUUGACGAGGUCCUGCGAGCGAGGAUUGCCGAGUAUGACCGCGACCUGGGCGCGCUGUGAAACCCACACGCAUGUGCGCUGUCGUCUUUCUUUUGGAAGGUCUGGCUGUUUGAAGCGUAGAAAGGCUUUGCCCGCACGCACGUAGCGCGCGUGAAACCAGUUUUGAAGCGGGACUAAGGAAGGAGGGACGCCCACGGCUGUGAGAGAUGGGGGAUGGAAGGGGGCAAGUGCGGGACAAAAGCCUUGUUGAUUGGUCCCAAGGCGUGUCGAAACUAAACUUACUUUUGGGGUAGAAUCGUGUCAGCAGGCAGUGGGAGGCUCGUUUAAUGCACGGCGCGCUAGUUUUGUGUUUCCCG